CAUUAUUUAAGGCGGCUGCGAGGCCGGCAGGCAGCUGCGAGCUGGGCGGCGCAGUGCCACGCUCACAGCCGGCCAGACCCCUGGGCCCCCAAUUCACGCGUGUGGCUGUGUCCCCCCCUGCACCCCCCCACCAUGGUCGAUGCCUUUGUGGGCACCUGGAAGCUCGUGGAUACGGCCAAUUUCGAUGAGUACAUGAAAGCGUUGGGCGUGGGCUUUGCCACGCGGCAGAUGGCCAGCCUCACCAAACCCACCACCAUCAUUGAGGUGGAGGGCGACAAGAUCACGGUGAAGACCCAAAGCACCUUCAAGAGCACGGAGAUCAGCUUCAAGCUGGGCGAGGAGUUUGACGAGACCACGGCGGACGACAGGCACGUCAAGUCCGUGGUCACUCUGGAUGGAGGCAAACUCGUCCACGUGCAGAAGUGGGAAGGGAAGGAGACAUCGCUGGUCCGGGAGCUGAAGGAUGGGAAAUUAGUUCUGACCCUCACCAUGGGCAACGUCGUCUCUACCCGCACCUACGAGAAGGCAACAUAGACGCCGUCCCCAGCUCCCCCGCCUGUCACCUGGUGCCGCAUCGCCCCCCACAUCGCCUCCAUCCUCACCCCGCGCCGAGCACGGCUCGCUGCAGCCUCGGAGCCUGCUGCACGCGCCGGGGCUGCCUGCUGCCCCCAUCCCCAUCGCCUCGAGGGGCUGCCAGGGGCUUGGGUGGUGGUUUCAUGGUUUGGGGUAUUUUUUUUAUUAAUAAUGGGAAAUCCCAUGUGGAAAACUAAUAAAGGCCAUGUUGUUACA